AUGGAGUCUUCAUCUUUCAAGACUGUUAUUUGUAUCUGUAGAUCAGUUGAAUUUCCCACUGACUGGUUGUUUGGGGAAAUCUUAAGAGUAUUGAAGCCUGGUGGGACAAUCCUAGUUCAUAAGAAUCCUCAGUCUACUGUUGGAGAAACAGAUAAGUUAAUUAUUACUGUUGGCGGGCUUCUUAGAAGUGGGAGUUCUCAAAUCAACGGUUCCGUCAGAAGUUCAGUCUUUUGGGAGAGUAUCCCAGAAAGUGCAUCUGUGCAAGCAAUAUUGAAUUGGCAAAAUAGGACAAUGGAGAUGAUGUACAAAGACAUAGUGCAGGCCCUCCAAACUAAGGGGCUUGAGGCAAACCCAAAGGACUAUUUGACAUUCUUUUGCCUUGGCAAUCGAGAGAUGAGGAAUAGUGGAGAAUACGAACUUUCAGAGAAGCCCGAACAUGACACAGAUUAUAGUAGAGCUCAGGAAGUCAGGCGGUUCAUGAUCUAUGUUCAUGCUAAGAUGAUGAUAGUUGACGAUGAAUACAUUAUCAUUGGAUCUGCCAACAUCAAUCAGAGGUCAAUGGAUGGUGCCCGGGAUACAGAGAUUGCCAUGGGAGCCUAUCAAACAUUCCACCUAUUCACUAGGCAGCCAGUCAGGGGACAAAUCCACGGCUUCCAGAUGGCAUUGUGGUACGAGCACUUAGGCAUGCUAGAUAACUCCUUUCUCCAUCCAGAAAGUGUGGAAUGUGUCCAAAGAGUGAACCAAAUUGCCAGAAAGUAUUGGGACCUCUACUCUAGUGAGACACUGGACCAUGACUUGCCAAGCCAUUUGCUCAGUUAUCCCAUUCAUAUCAUAGAAAAAGGAGAGGUCAAAGUACCUAGGAUAGAAUUCUUCCCAGACACAAAGGCUAAAGUUCUUGGAUCCAAGUCUGAAUUACUGCCUCCAAUUCUCACCACUUAAUUGCCUUGUACUGAUUUUAAAACUGAGCUUUUUUUUUUUUUUUGUUCAUCUUAUUUCCCAGUACUAUAAGUGAUUGGCAAUAUUCACUGAUUGCCAUAUGUGUUGUGGAUAUGUAAAUAACAUUUUUACCGUAGUCUAGUUCAUGCAACUUUCCAAAGAAGUGAUCAUGUAGUUCUUGUAGUGGUU